AUGGGAGAAUACUAUUCAUACUCCACUAUUGUCACUUGGAUGAAACGUAUAGCGGAUAGCAUACCUGAUAUUGCUAAGGUUGUCGAUAUUGGCCCUAGCAGUGAAGGGAGGAGCAUAAUAGGAUUACAGUUUGGAAGAGACACGCCCGACAAAAAAAUUGUCGUCAUCGAUGCUGGGAUCCAUGCUCGGGAAUGGGUGGCGGUCCAUACUGGCAUGUACUUCAUCAAUCUGAUUGUUAAUGGACGUGAGGAAGAUCCAAAUAUUCGCAACUACCUUCAUAACCUUGUGAUCUACAUCUUCCCAGUUCUGAAUCCAGAUGGUUAUGAGUACACACGCACUGAUAGGACAAAUCCUAGGUCGUUCAUUCCCGAACAAGGUGUCGAAACCACAAUAUUCAAUAUUCAUCAUCACAAAAAAUUGCUGCUGAUCAUUCACUCACCGGCUAGUACUCAAUGCCUUCAGGCUCGCAUGUGGAGGAAAUCUCGAUCAGCUAAGGCAUGCGCAUUCGAUGGAUUGACAUCAAUGCAUUUUCCCUUAGAAAUUGGUGCUUCACGCUAUCCUUGCUCGGAGAUCUACCACGGAGCAACUGCCUUUAGUGAACCAGAGUCACGUGCAUUCUCAAAUUUCCUCCUCAGUCUUAGAGGGCGACUAGAAGGCUACAUCACACUGCAUGCCUAUUCACAACUAUGGAUCUACUCCUAUUCACACCGGAAGUUCACCUAUGCCCCGGACAUAGACGAUACGAGAAGAGUUGCUAGAAAAGCAGUAGCAGAACUUGAAAAGAUGUACGGCACAAAAUAUAGGCAUGGUACAGGGCCGGAAAUAAUCUACGCUUUUUCUGGAGGAUCCACGGAUUGGGCCAAACAAACUCUCAAGGUCAAAUAUUCAUAUACUAUAGAACUUCGACCAACCUACGAAGGUAUUAUAGAGUGGAACGGAUUCGUACUCGAUAAAAAUCAACUCAUACCAACAGCAAAGGAAACCUGGGCCGGUGUAACCGUCGUACUGGAUGAGAUCGUCAACCAAGCGAAAGCAAGUCAAACGAACCGCAAGAAACAGAGAUCUUUAAAGGUGAACAACUACUUUAAGAAGAUUCUGAAACAAGUGAUGAUCGAUCCAGAUCCAAAAACCAGUGCUUUGCACUUCGUCAAUUUCCUCAACUUCAUGGAGAAAUUCAAGCCACUCCAACUCUCUACAAUCGAGAGUGGGCAUCACGUUUCUUUUCGUGUUCUCGACGUCCAGAAAGGACUAUACAACGUAGCUUGCCUCAUUGUAAAGCAUAUCCAUCUGAGGCCAUUAGUAGCCCAGUUAGCUGCAGGACACUGA